CCGCCUGCAGGCGCGGUCACCACACAGCGCGCGCGCUCCAUGCCGCUGCAGCUGCUGGCGGCGCCCGCGGCGCGGCGUGCGAGGGGACUACUCUACUGGGACCACGGGGAUACACUCAACAGCUACGAAGAGAAGCAAUACAGCCACAUAGAGUUCGUCCUCAACUACACCGAGCUGAAGAGCGAGGUCCACUGGUGGGGCUACGGCGUGCCGCCCGUCGACCGGGUCACCCUGCUCGGCCAGCCGCGCCCCGUGCGGGGCGUGGCCAUCGACGGCGCGCCCUGCCUGCAGCCGUGCCAGUUCACAUACAACCCGAACAAUAAGGUACUGGAGAUAUUUAAUAUAACCCUAGCUUUAGACAAGCCGUUUAGUAUCAAAUGGACUUUUAAGCUAAUCACACCGUUUGUCAAUCGGGUGGAGAAAGUUAGGAAUGAUACGCUGGUUUGAACGAAAAACAUUUAUUUGACGUGGGUUUUGUGGAUCAGCUGUUAAAGCAGCACAUGCUAUAAACAACUCUGCGUGUUCGUAAUAAAGUUCAAAAUUGAAUGCUCGUCAUUCGUCAACAAAGUACGACACAGUACUAUACACAGUAUAGUAGUCGUACAUAGCCAAGUGCGUGCUGAAAACUACUUUACACCGUUUUUGAUAAAGUUCAAAAUCAAAUGAGAAUCGUGGUAAUGUGGUGUGCGUCAACAAGGUCACACUACUUGCCCAGGAAUAACCCGUUCAAAUGAUACGUUGUUUGAGAGGAGUAAGUCCCUUUUAAAUGUAUACUAAAGCGCGUUCUAAAUACGACUAUAAUCAGGUGGGGUAAGAGAAACAUAAUUUAUUUUGCUUGGGGUAAUGUAUGGUAGGUAUUUUUAAGCCAAUGUGAUUUAUGCAUUAGGUUUAUUUUUCGUAACUUUAUUUAUUUUUAAGCAUCUCUAACCGUUUAUAUUCUCUGCAAGUGUCCCCUUGCCCCAUAGUUCCUCUUAGCCCACCUAACUAUAUGUACGUUUGUCGAUAAAGUUCAAAAUGAAAUGAAAAUCUCGGAAACGCAGUGUAUUGUCUUUGUGGUAUUGUGUUAACCUAAAUGUCUACCAAAGGAGCACAUACUGAAAACGAUAGAGCGAGACCAAGCUAAGUUAGCAACGAUUUUGAUAGCCCAGUCUGUGGAAGUGUUAAGUAAACAUCAUACAUUCAUAGAAGUUUGUUAUUUUACAAUAACACUUGCACUGUUGGCUGUCAAAAUCGCUGCCAAUUUAUCUUGGUAUGACUCUAGUGUAGUUUUUUAUAAGUUUUAAUAUCAAAAAGAUAUUCAUUUAACCUUUUAACCGCCACAGCUGGCUGUGGCCGUCAUCGAAGUCUUGCCAAGGACAUAAUCGACGGCUGCAGCCGACAGCUUCGCCAAUGCAAUAGGGACGUGGGACUCCGUAAAGUUCAAUUUCGCUUAAAUAAUCGCAUUGGCGUCCGGGGUAGGGCAUAUUCCUUCGCCGUCUGGCGUUCAAAAGGUUAAGAUAUCAAUGGAGUCUACUCUAACAAAGUUAAAUAAGAUAAUUUUUGGUAAAAUAUCUUCUACAACCCAAUGAUAUUGUAUAACUAUAGAUAGGUUAUACUCCUACAUAAGGAGCAUAAAAAUUACUUCCAUUUGUCAUACUCGUUAAACAUUCUGUCACUUUCGGUGAGCGGGAGCAGAGCGUUAGCACGUGCAGAUCUCUCGUUUGGGCGAUUAAAGGCAACUUGUACAAUUUGUCACAAGGUAAGCGCUUCAAUUUUGGAACGCCUAUAACCUAUCUUAAGUUAUGAUAUCAUUGCUGCAACCACGCCCUUUUAUGGCACCCGACAUGUAGCUUUUUCUAUCACAUUGAAAUAAAGUUGAAAAUGCCUAGAAUUGGGGGGUGCUGGUAAAAAUGGGUAUGUAGAUAUAUCUGUCAUUUUAGUGAAAACCUUGUCUGUUUAUCUUAUACUUAAUAAACUCAUUAUUGACGUAGAUGACAGGUUCACAUGGGCGUAGGCAGGUGAGAAUGGGGGGGGGGGCAGAUGCCCUUCUGCAGCAUAUCAAAUCCCCCCCCCCCCUCAGGUUCACUAGCUGGCUACGCCCUUGAAGGUUCAAUAUUGCAUUUUAUGCAUUUUGUAAAUUAUAUGUCAAUAUUAUAAAAUUUAAGAAUAUACUAUGUAUUUCUUACAAGUCCCUUGUGUGUAGGAUAAAUUUUCAAUUCAAUUUUAUAAGCAAAUGUCUGUAGAAGUUUACCAUAGAAAAUUACUUUAAUAAUGUAGAAAGUAAAUAAUAAGCUAUAGUUUAUCAAAAAUAACACGCUAUGGUUACAAUACAUGGCUAUGUGCACGAUAAUGCCGCAACUCAGUGUCAACUUUUUCCCACUAUUACCACCUAAAUGUAUUCAAACCCCUAUUGCUCUAAAAAGCGUUGUUUUUAUAUCUCAGAUCUUAAAAUGAUAGUCCGAUUACAUAGAAAUUUCGAUAUGGUAUAUAAAAACAGAGCUUAAUAUAUAUAUGUGGUCACUGAAAAGUGUAUCGGUUGAAUGGCCAUUCUAUACCUAAAUAUAAAAAUAUAUUGUAAGUUUAUAUAUAAAUAGUACAUUACGAUACAAGUGCGAAAAAUAGGAAAUUCGAAACGAGUAGCGAUAAAUUAAAACACGACCGAAGGGGGUGUUUUAAAUCGACACGAGUUGGGAAUUACCUAUUCGCACAUGUAUCGUUCAACGUUUUACAGUACAUAUGGUCCUUUAAAUGUUCGACAUAGUAACGUAAUAUGCUAAUUUUCGCACUAGUGCGGUAAAGUAGCACCAUAUGUACUGUAAAAUAUAUUACAGUUUAAGUGGUGUGUGACAGUGUUAAAGAGUAUUAAAUGCCCUGUUCAUUUUACCGGUUUAUAUAAAUAACUAUAAGUUUUGAAUUGAAAACAAUUAAAAACCCGGUGCUUGUCAUAUGUUUAUUAGAAUUAUUUGCAAAAAUAGUUUGCACAACAGAGCGCGCAAAAAUAUCUGAAAAUAUCUGUCGUGGUCGGUGGAGUAUAGCGCCUAUCAGAGGGCCAGAUUACCCAAGUAUUGCGGGCAUCUUGCUCUUUUACUCUAGUUAUGGAGUAACUAGAGUGACAGAGAAAGAUGUCCGCAAUUUCGAACUUCAGUGUUGUCGGUAGACCCUCCAGGAGGUCUUACAUGUGCAAGAUUCGGAAAGUUUCCAAAAAGUUUGAAAAGUUCUCGGAAAUUUCAAAGGAAACUUUCAUUUAGGAAAGGAGAAAUUUCGAUUCCUGCGUAGAAAUAUGAGAAGUCACGUUCGGCUGGUCGGAAUGUUAUAUAUCUAGUCGUAAGAUAAUUAGGAGUAGGUACUAAAAACAUAACAUGUUUUAUAUUAUUUUUUGUAUAAGUUCGUUUGAUUAUUAAUUAUACUUCCUAUCCAAAUCCAAGACAACAAAUAUAAUUUACUAGCAGCAGUACACGUUAUCUUGCAGUCCAAGUCACACAUUUUAGAGAUAUAGUAUUUAAAAAGUUCGCGCUGUCCCUCUCACUCGCUACGCUGCGUUCCUGCUUCGACAUCGCUCCUCCAGUUCUCAUUACAUGUUUUUGUGUUAGUCCGAGUCACACGUAUUUUCGCCAAAAUAGUGUUCCUCUAAAUAUGUGUACCUAUGUGUGUUUCGAUUAAUGUUUAUUGUGCGCUGAAUAAGAAGUAUAGAAUCAAAACAUUAUUUGAACUGCCGACCGCCGUACCCUCGAACGAAAAAUUGAUGUUUAUUCAGCUCGGCAAGUCUAGUCUCUACUUACGUGUUAUUACUAACUAGAGUUUUAGAUGGUCACUACCAAGUGUUUUGUAUUGUAUAGUAUAAGGUUUUGAACCGAAACAUAAUACAGUAAAGCCCAGAGCACCGGCUGCGGGUGCGUAGACGCGCACUAAAAUGUUGGAGCCGUGCAGUGCACGGCGUGCAUACACACGUCACGCAAGCGGUGUGCCGUCAAAAGUCUCAGUGCCGUCACAGGCCUUAAAGUAGAAUCCAGUUGAUUAAAUGUAGUUCUUAUCUCUUUCCUGUAAGUCAUUGUUUUGACAAAGGUCAUUCAUAGACUAAUCUUUCAGACCACGUGCGUGUCAUUGGAAUUUCAACCUUAGGUCUUUGAUUCAAGGAUCGUUAACGAGUGAAACGUUUCAAAAGCUCAAUAUAUAAUUUGAGCUUUCGCGACAAGUCACAUCUUGAAUUUUGAGUCGGUAAUAUUCCUAAUGCUAAAAUUUGUUUCAAUUUAAAUAAACGAUUAUAAUAUAAUAACCUACCCAGUUCAUAAUAUAUAAAAUAGAUAUCGCACAAAAAGGUCACGCACAAAACGUCGUGUAUUAUCGUGAAAAACUUAAAAGAUAUAAUAUAGUAGCAAAUUAGCUUUGUAAUAUGUAGUAGAUCUAAAUUAUACCAUAGUAUAAGGUGGCUGUCCUACCGCUGACGAUUGACGAUGAGUGACUUUCUUUACUUUUGCUUUUUUUUAAUAUUACGUCGGUGGCUAACAAGCAUACGGCCCGCCUGAUGGUAAGCAGUAUCCGUAGCCUAUGUACGCCUGCAACUCCAGAGGAGUUACAUGCGCGUUGCCGACCCUAACCCCCUCCCGCCCCUCGUUGAGCUUUGGCAACCUUACUCACCGGCAGGACACUAUGAGUAGGGUCUAGUGUUAUUUGGCUGCGAUUUUCUGUAAGGUGGAGGUACUUCCCCAGUUGGGCUCUGCUCUAGAUCUGGUAUGACAUCCGCUGUGCUGUGCCCUACCACACAAAGCGAGAUGACAUUCACAAUGCCCAUACCUCUCUUUUGGACGUAGUUUAAGGACGUACCCGGGUCCAGACCGAGAUCUUACAGAACCGUUAUUUCUUCAUCUUGCUAUCCGAGUUAGCUACGUCUGUAAUGUACAAUAUUACUGGUUUCGGCACCAUUUGUGUUAGUGGAUGAUUAAAAGUCACUUUCUUGUGGACGUAGUUUAAGGACGUACACGGGUCCAAAACACGUACAAUAACAGGUACUGUAAGUGCCCCUACUUAAGUACCCACGUGCCAUACUAGCUGUAUAGCAAAGUGGAUACUGAUGUUUUUAAGGUAUUUAUUUAUGGGCCAUUAGUUACCCGAAAUAAAGAUUUUCAUUUUUGUUGGUUAGGGCACCGACUGUACAUUUGAACUACGUACGUACGAACACGAAUCUAGUCUCCUUUUAGUCGCCGGUUGGACAGGCGCCUAAAUGCACAACAUUUGGGUGAAUCUAUCCAACUAUUCUAACACAGUCUUUUAAAGUUUUUAUGUCAUAUACCUAUCUGUACGUAAAGGAGGUAAGUAGGACAAAUGCCCUAUCGGACAACUACGCCUACCUUAAAUACAAUGAGAAGAUAACUAACUAGAAUAUCUUAGUCAGGGAAUGCAAUUUCGCUCCAAGAUUGGCGAUUCGAGCUCUCGCACGAAAAAUAUAAAUCGGGAUUGGCUGUUUCGAGAUUUUGACAGUUAGACUUUCGAGAUCGAGAUUUGACACAGUAAUUAAAAUGUGUUUAUUUUGAUCAAACGUCUCUAAGGAUUCCGUAUAUACUACUUAUUUAAAAUAUGUCGUUAUAUUUAAAAACAAAAAUCAAUAAAUUAAAUUAAAUUAAUUAAAUUAAAAUUCGUUUAUUUCGAGUAACAUAAUGACUCAUACAUAUUAAUUUGGAACACUAUACUACAAAUACGAGUACACAUGCAUUAAUACCUACAAUAAAAUAAUACAAAGAAAAUAAAAGUUUUUUAACGUAUCAGUGGUUAACACAUUGACAGUUAUCACCUAUCUCAAUGUGUUAACCACAGCGCUGCUGGGCGCAUGGAGUCCACAGCAAAAUGACAUGUACGGGCAAAACUUGUCCGCAAUCAUUGCCAGGACGCUGUUGGAGCUGGCGCGCACGCGUCGCACCAGAGAUGCGGCUCGCAAGCGCAUGGUAGCUUUAAAACACGCCACCUGCGCCUCCGCAAACAUCCCUGAUGCGCUGCAGUAUCGCGGCAGCCCCAUCAGUGCCCUGAACGCGUUAUUAUAUUGUACUUGUAGGGCCCUAUACGAUCUCAAGGUGUACCUUCUCCAUAGACUGUAAGUGUAGAAUGUUGUGCAAAAAGCUCGGAAUAAAGUCACCUUACUUUCUUUUGAGCAUCAAACAAAUCUGCGUGCAAUCAUGUUAGCUCUGACCGAUAAGGCCCUACGUUCCCGUUCUAUAUCAGCAUCGUCCUUGAGGUCGGUAGUAACGAUAUGACCUAGAUACUUGAACUGGUAUACCCUUUGCAGGGCAACCGUGUUAAGUUUGAUAGGUGGUAUUACAGAUGGUAUUUUAGACUCGACCCCAAAAACCAUAUACUGACUUUUAUUAACAUUAUACUUGAGUCCGUGCGUGUGUGCGUAAUCCUCACAUACUUUAAGCAACCUUCUGAUGCCGCAGACUGACGCACUCAACAGCACCAUGUUACCCAAAUUAAAGCAACAUUCAAAAAAAUUAUUUUAUUAAAAAAGAAAGAAAUUACUUAGGUACUCUAAUUUACAUGUGUAAUUAACUUUACUUAAAAAAAACACGUAACAAUAAUAAAGCGAAGAAGCAGAAGCACACAUGCUCGGUUGAUAUUUUUGACAAGCACUGAGCAACUUACAAAAAAAAUAGCGAUCAAUAAGGGGAGAAGUUGAUAACUCAAGAAAUAAAAUUAAAGAAAUUAGAACUCUAAAUAGAACUGCAUAAGGACCAAAAUUCUUAAAUCGUAAGUUCCACCGAUCCCUCCGCAUAGAGCGUGCCAAUGCUUUUAUCUUCAGCUGACACGACGCUGCCUGCUGACGGCCGCACACAGUAGCACUGCCUGAACAACAUGAAUCUAAGAUCAAAAAGAUUACCUACUCAAAACAAAGUAACAUGGAUCUAUCUUUCAAUCUCGUUCGAGAUCUCGAAUAUAUUCAUCGGGAUCUCGACCGAGAAUGCAAAAAUCGAGAUUUCUUGUCAUCGAGAUUGAAUCUCGAAUAUUCGUGCGAGAUCGAGAUUGCAUUCCCUAGGCGUGACUAAAUAUUAUAAGAAUGUCACAGUUCUGAGAGAACAUAUUUUCACAAAAGGAAGAAAAACUCAUACAAAACCAAGAAGUUUGUUAUUGAUACUUAAUUAAGUGUUGAACUUGUAACCAUAAUUGAAGUAGGUACUAUAUAGUGUGUGGUGGUGUUACAGGGUGCUUAGCCGACAUGCCAAUCGUCAUUGCUCCAUAGCGUAGCGUAGUCAUCUCUCUAUCACUGUUCCAUUUUAGUGCGACAGUGAAAGUUGCGUUUCGUUCGCUACUGAGCGUAAACGAUUGGCAUACUGGCUACACACCCAGUACUCUGCCCUCCGUAGUCAAAAAGCGCUAUCUCAGUAACAAAUGAUUUUGAAAAAGGAAUUUUAAGCCAUAGAAAGUAAAGUAUAAAUAAGUUAGCAAUGAAUUACCUUGAGACAGCGCUAUUUGGCUUAGGUCAGAUUUUUCAAGUUUCACUUCUUUUUCUUCUUGCUUGUGAAAGAAAGGGAGCGUGUUAUCUUUAUCUGACAGAUAAUUUUAUCUGAUGUUUGAAAAAUCAGACCUUAGUAGGGGCAGUAUUGUAAGUACCUAAGCGAUCUUUAAUAGAAAUAAUCCAAUUGUUCAAAUUAACUACCAACUUUAGAAGUUCGAGUUUUCCGUAUUUAGUUUAAUUUUAGGAAACUAUCUACUAGUACAAUAACCAACAUAUCUGAGCGUACAAUCGUGUUUUGUGAUAUCGAAACAGCCAUGCUGAAGUUUUGGUCUCAUCGUAUGAACGUGAUAUAAACUAACCCGUAGUGAUAUAAUUAUAGUCAAAUUAUGUUUUCAUCAUGCCAAAGCGAUUGUAUAAACAAUUCAAUUGUUAAUUGUAAGAUUGCACUUAAAUAAACAUGAUAAUGCACCG